UUUUUGUGUGUUUAAUUUGCUGAUAGAAAGAAAAAACUAAAAAACAAUUAUGUUGGAUCAAAAGCAUUUAUUUAUUAAAACAACUAUAUGAAAAAGUAAACUAUUCACUUGAGCGUUGUUUCAAUAAUUUGCAUGUGAAUUUAUUUGACUAAAGCAUUCGCUUUUUUGGACAAAAAAAAAAAACAAAGUAAAACUUUUCACAAUGGCUUCACCUCGCAACACAAGAAUAGCCUUAUCCGAAAUCCCCGAUCGUUUGGAACUCCUCCGAGUGGCAACAACACCAACUAACCCCGAAGCCGAUGAACCAACUCCGGCCAAUAUUCUCAAUCAAACAAUCUUCGAUAAUGCCAUUAAUAACAUGUCCUUGGAACAUGAGUCUCCAAUUGCUUCACCUGAUGAAAUUGUUAUCAAACAAAGGGGACGACGUCGUUUUACGUUGACAUGGUCCCCAGACAAGUUUUCAACACAGAGUCCCUUUCAGAAAACUCCAACUAAAAUAGCUACUCAUAUGACAUUGAGAAGUUCCCCGCGCAAAAGGCUUUUAAUGACUGAAACGCCUUUUAACAAAUCAUCACCAAUUGACUCGAGUGUUGGGGAUAGUAUUCCAAAGCUAUCUGGGUUUAGGUCGCCGUGUAAUAUGACUCCAAUUGUUAAAAGGCUAAAACUUGACGAAACUCCGGUGGCUCAAACUAAUCGCAACAUCAAUUUGAAUUUGAUGUUGAAAGGACUCAGUCACAAUCAACUUGUCGACAUGAUUGGCAAUCUAGUGGCUAAAGAUUCGAGGCUAGAAGAGGUGAUUCGAAGUGAUUUUCCAAUGCCAGAUAUUGGGUAUUUGGAAGAUGAAUUGAUUUUGUGUAAACGCAAUAUCUUCAAAAGUCUCCCUACAUCACGUUUAUGCAAGAAGACAGAUAGCACUGCUUAUGCUAAAGCUGUAAUGCAUGUAUCAGCUUUUAAGACAGCCUUGAUGAGCCACACACGCAAACUACACGAUUCAUCACACUGGGAUGCUCUACUCGACUAUGUUCUGAUGGCUUGGAACUAUGUUCGAGCCACACCCAUUUGGGAUAAUAAUUCGCACAAUGCUAUUCGGAGGCAAUGUUUUAAAAUUUUAACUUGCCAUUGUGUAGCUGCACUCAAACAUGGUGGACUUAGAGUUGGCACUCAAAGACUCAAUAAUUUGGAAAGAAAUUUAGCGGAAUGGUCCAAGGAUCAUGAGGAUGUUUUGUCGUGUGUGAAUGCUCUUAAUAAAACAUUUAAUUUCCGAACGAGUAUGUAGAUUUUAUUUUGAAUAGGUAUUACAAUAGACAGUCUCUGGAAUGUAUUCUUCUUUGAGAAUCUAAUUUUACAAUUUAAGCAAAAUUACUACUAACUACAAUUUAUAUAUCAUAAUUUAAGCUUUAUCUGUUGUUUGUCCAAAUAGAAUAAAUAUAUAAAAUAAACAUUAUAUACCGUA